GGGAAAGCCAGCGCUGAAAAGUCAGAGCGAAGGUGGUCAAAGGUGGUGGUCCCGCUGGUGCGCUCGUCGUGGCGCGCUCCCGAUCGCGCUGGUCCGCAUUUUUGCUGACAUUUCUGCUGCAUUUGAUUCCAAUCAAGAAGGGUUUUUUCGGAGAAGAGGGUUGCGGUUGAGAGGAGGAAGGGGGAAGGGAGGGGGUGGUGUGGUGGGUUGGACAUUUUUUGACGCGAGAGGCAGGGAGGGAUGGCGGGUAGGAAUGGGGGGCCGAAGGUGGAUAUGGUCGGCUCGAGAGGGUCGAGUAUCGCCAGCGAUGUAGUGGGCAAGGAUGAUUUGGCGCCACCAUGGCCGGCUUUGGCGUCAGAAUUAACGGAGGAUGAUCUGCGCAUGGUCGCGUAUGAGAUUCUGUUGGUGACAGGUGGUGGGUGUUCUGGUGGCGGGAGCUGCGUGGCGGUCCCCACCAGCGCCGCGCCAGAUGGCGCAGCCAAGGCAAAGAAGAAAACCAGCAUGUCGGCGGCCAACUCAAAGAUCAGGAAAGUGUUCGGGCUGAAGAAGAAGACAAAGGCGAAGAGCACGGAUGUGAGCACCACGGGUAAUGGCGGGGCGAGGGAGAGCAGAGGAGGCGUGGAGGCGGCAAGGCCUGCCAUCUUCGAUGUGCUUAAGAGACAGGUGGAGAUCUCGGACGCCAUGGAUAGCUGCCUCAGGAAGGUCUUGGGCAGAAUAUCGCGAAAUCAGGCCGAGAGAUCACAGGAUGGGGUGAUAAUCCCCUUGGAGCUUGUCCUGUCUGUUUCCCCCUCUGAUUUCAGCAGCGGAAGGGAGUAUGUGCGUUUCAUGCGCAGGCAGCUGCUUCUGCUCCAAGAAGGCAUGUUAAAUAGCCCGGCUGUGCCAGGGUCUGAGGAUGCUCUAUCCUUGGGCUUGAGGAAAUCGCUAGCGGAGAUUUCUGAAGAGCUUGAUGAACAUGGGGUUGUAGAGAGAGAGAGCGAAAGUAUGGAGAACCUGCGGUCGACAGUGUUAGCGAAGUCGCAGAGGCUUGGGCCGGACGACAAUAAUGAAGAUGUUUGCCACUGGGCUGACGGGUAUCCGUUGAAUAUGUGUAUCUAUGAGGCAAUGCUGAAGCUGGUUUUCGAUUCACUUGAGGAGAGUGUACUGGUGUCUGAAGCUGAGGAAAUCCUCGACGUCUUAAGGACAGCAUGGGGGUUGCUGGGGUUGUCAGCAGUGGUCCAUGCAGCAGCCUUUGUCUGGGUUCUAGUACGGCAGUUUGUUGCAACCGGUGGCCAGGAGACUGACCUGCUUGUCUCAGCUAUAGAGCAGUUGAAGGCACUCGCGAGUGAUGCCAAGGAGAGUACAGAGGUGGGCAUGAAGGCCUGGGCCUUGAAAGGGGAUGCUAAGAGGGUCAGGGAAUUACUUGGGGGUGUGGAGGCAUGGGCGGGACGGCAGCUUGUCGAUUACCGAGGCCUGUUUAGAGAGGGAGGGGGGGAGAUGAUGGCUGUACUGAAAGUGGCAUUGCUUUCGGAUGAGGUUCUACAAAAUGAAGAUAUACGAGGAGAUACCCAGGAUUCAGACGGUGCGGCAACUGGGCUGGAGGCAAGGCAGGCACACAUAUCGCGGAAGGUCGAGGGUUAUAUCCGAAUGUCACUGAGGUCUGCGUUCAAGCGGGUACUGGAGGAAGAGAGCCGUCAACAAAAUGCUGGGAAGGGCGCAGUGCUUGCAAACUUGGCAAAGGGUGUGCAGAAGGUCCUCAGGGAGGAGGUUGAGUCAUAUUCCUCCACCUUCGUGGCAUCGCAUCCAAAUCCUGCGGGAGUUGCUGCAGUUACUUUGCAUUCUUGUUUCCGGCUGGAGAUCAAGCAGUACAUGACCCAUGUGACAGCCCUCAACUCGGAGGUUGUGCAGCUCCUUCGGGAAGCAAAUGCACUAGAAAAGACAGUUGUGAAGACAGUGGUAGGAGAGGCUGCCAAAUCUGCAGAUGGUGGAAAGGGCCUAAUCAGGGAGAUAGUUCCGUAUGACACAGACAAGGUUGCUGUGGGCUUGGUGACGAAAUGGGUAGCAUCACAAGUUCAUCGUCUCGACGAAUGGGCUCGUCGAACACUGCAGAUGGAGAUACUGUACACAGGUAAGCUGAAGUCAAGGGAUCGACCCCUGGGAUCUGCAUCGGCUACUGCCAAAGGUCGAAUGGAUGCUCUUCUUCCAGCUGCCCCGCCUCUAACGAGAUACAAGAAGGAUGUUUUUGAAAAGAAAGGCAUCAAGCCGUCGGUACUCGGAUUAGGACCGAUGCUCGGGAUGAGUGAAGGGGAUGUAAAUGCCACGUCAAUGCGGAGAAGAGUCAGCGAGAGCCUGGCGCAACAGCUUUCCUCUUUGACUCUCGCAACUAUGUGUGUCAGGAUCAACACUCUGGACUAUUUGCUGAAUGAGCUGAACACGAUUGAGAAGAGCAUCAUCAGUGGUUGGCGGAAGCAUUUGAUGGAAAUUUCGGAUGACGGGGAGCAUGGGCAGCACGAAGGGGAAACUCCCAAUGAGCUGAGGGACAUGUUCAUCUCAUCCAGGCAAGCGUUGAGAAAGGCCAUACAGGCGCUCUGCGAUUUCUCUGCAUGUAAAAUAGUGUUCAUCGACCUGCGCGAAAUUUUUAUCGAAGGUUUGUACGAAGGUGGCGUUGAUGGUGGCAAAGGCAUGGCUUUGCUGAGUGAUGAGCUGAAUGUGCAGCUUGGAACUAUGGUGCCUCUCAUUGGAAGUGAAGAUAUAAAAAACCAGGCGGUACUAUCUCUGCUGAAAGCAGCCAUGGAUGGGUUCCUGCUGGUGAUUCUCGCUGGCGGUCCUGCUCGUGCCUUCAAGCGGGAAGAUGCAAGGGUCCUGGAGGAUGAUUUUGAGCGGCUGAAAGAGCUCUUUAUUGCAGAUGGGGAGGGUCUGCCUCGUAUGGAAGUGGAACGAACAGGUAUGGGUGUCUCUCAGAUACUUCGGCUCUUCGAUAUGGAUGCGCCAGAACUUAUUAAACUCGUUGACGCAGGUGACGGAGCAGGCAGCAUGGAUGCGCCUUCCUUCAGGACCAGUACGAGUAGCAUCCUUGCAUCGCCCAAGUCAACGUUGUUCGGAUUCCGAAGACCAAAGACGUUGAGCACAGGCGAUGCCAGAUUCACAACCUCUCCUGUGCGUGGGCCUGCGGAAAGGAAGGAAAAACUGGCAGGUCACUUUCUUCCCUGGCUAACGAUAACCAACCCGUCAGACUCAGGGCUUGCUCUCAGAGUGCUUUGCUACAGAGCAGACAGGAACGCUUCCAAGUACUUGAAGAAAAAGUUCCAUCUCCCCAGAACGAUGAAACAAUCCAGCCAGACAGCAGAGGGCUAGCAGCCUAGCAGCAGUUGUUGUUAACCCACUUUGCAUCAAACUCUUGGCAGCACCCAAUCCCACCUGAAAGUUAUGAAAAUGGAUGCAGUGAUUUUGGGGUGCUCUCUCUCCUUGGGCUAGAUGCACCAAAAUUGUCCCGGGGGGAUUUCUUCUCCUUGCGGGCGUAAUCUGUGCAAAGGUUUUGUACAGGAAAAGAAAUGAAUUGGCGUUUCCCUCUGGGCUUACGUGCGAGCUAGGAGAGGUCUGCUGCUGCUUGCGUCCACGGUCAAGGCAGUGUUUGGGUCAGGGAUGGCGAGCUUGCUGCUUGGGUCCACAGCCUGACCACAUCUUGAUUGCUGUAAAGAGGAGGCUAAUAAUGGGUGCCGAUGUCGCACAGAGCUUCGUGCCAAGCUUCUUUCUCCUGCCUUGAAAACACUCGAGCCAAAUCUUGUUCGAAACUGCCUUCGAAGUUAUAGGUUAACAGAUCUCCUCCGGAUGUGGAUGUUAUGGGAGGUUGGAUUCGUCAUCUUCAUUCCCACAGUGGUUUCUGCUUCUACUGCCUUGAUGAGUGGGUUUCACUGUCAGCUACAACUGUCCCCAGUUUUUUCUUGGUGCCUGGAAAUCCAGCUUGUUUUCUCCUUUGCUGUUGUGAUAAAACCCGGCCCAACCCAGCAACAACACCCACGUGAAAGGUUUGAUUUGAUUUUUGGCGUCCAGCUCAGUACUGGUCUUCUGACCGAACCGUUAGGAGCAACGUGAUUUCAUGACGUGCAGCAUAGAGUGAACGGCACAGAUUCAAUCAUCUAUGUGAGUGACGACUGCAAGUGCAAGGGAGAGAAGUUCCUCUCCAUAGGUCAGCAGAGUUGUCGUCGCUGUUUUGUGGCUUCGCAUGGAAAGGGCGGAGCGAGCGAAGAGGCCUGAAAUUGCAACCACGGCGUCUUUCCUCGCUCAGCUAGCUAUGGUAGCCGAUUCCUGGUCUGUGAAUCACUGCCACAUUUGUCGGUUGAAGGUGUCAGCAAAGUGUUAUCAGAGUGAAAAGAGCGGCGAUGAUCUGGUGCGCUCCAUGAAGAGAUCAGCCAUACGAGUACAUGGUAGAUGUCAGAGGAAUAACUGCGCAGUGGCACUGCGUAUGUCUUGCAUUUGAUGAUGGGUGAUAUUCCCUGGGAGGUCAUGCGCGUCAUGCAAUUGCACCUCAAAGCAGUCCAGAAGUACUUUCUUGAAGGCAGGCUACCCGGGGCCACUAGGUCAAGCCCGGGAGUUAGGCAGAGGCGCUCCUAGUCUAUGUUCGGAAAUGCCAGCUUCGUCUUAAUGCUUUGCUCCAGCAUAAGAGAGAGUGCACUUUGCUUGGUGGUUGCCCGGCGAUCAAAUUUCAGAAGCAUGUCAAAUAGAUCGGAAAUGUGGUACUUGUAUUUAUACUUACUCUGCAGUAAAUGGAAAGGGAGGGGGUGUUAAACAACCGCUUUUGCCUUUGCUGGAGCAAACACGCUGCUCCUCUUCUUCCUAGAGAACGGAACAACUGUCCGAGGGCGUACAAUGCCGUACAUAACCUUUUCAGUCAGCAGUUGCUUUUUCACAGUGCAGUGACCUUGAAGUAGGCUGCUAUGCCUGCUUGCGCCUUUCCUACCCUGCCCUGGCCGUAAAUAUUGUUGAAACUUGAAAAGAUGAAUCGCGUACUCUCCACCGGGUGUGUGUGCAUGGCAGGAGAGCGAUGUUUCCACCACAGCUGAUGUGAGCCGAUGCACGGCGAGCGAUACUCCACUGGAAUGGCGUUGGAGGCGGGGCAAGCACCUCGUCAUACUCUUGUUGCAUUAAUCAGUCUUUCUGGAUGAAGAGGAUGUAGGAUGGAUUCAUCCUGAAAGCAGCAGCAUAUGCUGCGGUUACUCACCCUUCCAAGGUGUUUGAGAAAGCUUUGUAUCGCGGCAAGCAACCUGUUGUGUGCCUCACUCCUCCUCCAAGGUUUUUUCUAGAACUUGUGUGGCAACGAGUGACCCAAAGUUUACUGUGGUUCCACAAGCGCGGCAGGCACCUUUAUCUUGGUGGGUUAGUGACUUGCUUUGAAUUCGGCUGGAUAUCAUGACUUGACACAGUGGUAUACGUGUAGGGUGAUGCCAUGCACUGAUGGUACCCUCGUUUGUGGGCGGCGUGUUCUGAAGAUGGAAGACGGUGUGCCUCGUACGAAUCUGCUUUCACGCUCUGGGAAGAUCGUGUCCAAGUAAAUAUCAACGAUUGCACUGGCUGUUGGUGCUUGUAAUCAAGGGCAAGUCUCCUUCGACUGCUGUUUCACGAUUUGAGCUUAAGCUUCCAUCAGCGACAGUUAUCCGAUGCAGGAGCGUAAUAGGACAUCGACCGACUGUUCUGUGAGUGAAUCAAAGGUGUUCCAUUGCUCUUUCCCCCCUCCAUCAGCGACAGUUAUCCGAUGCAGGAGCGUAAUAGGACAUUGAACGACUGUUCUGUGAGUGAAUCAAAGGUGUUCCAUUGCUCUCUCCCCCGCACAUCCGUUAAGCAUAAGUGGAUGCCCCUCUUCCUAAUCGUCGUCUCACCUAUGCGUGGUCUUAAACGUUUGCUAUUGCUGUGUUUAUGCCCUUGUUAUCUCCUUAAGAGGCCUUCCAUUUAUCCGAGUGCAUUGUGUUUUUUUUCUCUUUGUAGUCUCUGUAUUUUGCCGCUCCCUUAAAUUUAUUGUGGGUUCCAUCCUUCCCGUAUCGCAUGUUAGCUCUACUUACAGGCCUUCCAUUUAAUGCAUGCUAUGUUUCCUUUGCUUGGGUUUUUGCUGCCAACCUUGCUCCCUUUUUCAAGCUGAGUAAGAAGCCCUGCGCACGCUCACGCUUUCUUGCCGUAUUUUUGCCCGUUUCAUUCGCUAGGUAACCAACUAUUCGUAGGUUAUGAUGGUCAUCGUCAUCGUUCUUCUCUUGGCGGCUUUUCCGUCUGUGGGUUGCAGGCCAGCUUUCCGCCCUCUUUUGGAGCUGAGUCAGAAUCCUGGCACAACUCGCUCAGGUGCUUGGCUGCCACUUUUAAUGCCAGCCUCAGCUUGACUGAGGUUACACAACUUUCUGGUAGUGUCUGUAGUGUAGAUCAUGAGACCUAGGGAGCAUACGGAGAGGAAGAGCACGGUACAUUUUCUGAUCGUCCAAAAUUCGUUACGUGUGAUUAUUGUCCGCCUUUCAAGUUCUUUGCUGAUUUAUGUUGGGUUCAAGUCCUUGUAUCCGAUAAUAACUAAGUUUGCUCUGUUCUUGCCAGCAGCAGUCUCUGUGAAUAAGGCUUUUUUGGUUUGUGAUCAGGUUAAGCUACUGUCAAUGUAGGCAUGCGUAAACUGACGAGAUCGUUGGAGCCUCGGAGGCACGUACACCAUACGUACAUACAUGAUACGAGUUCAGCGGACCAAGAUUCAUAGGAGGGAUUCCCAGCAAAUAGCCCACUGGUAAUCUACGUAGCACAAGUGAAAACUACCCUGCUGCUAAGUGGAAACACCGUGUAUGGCAGGCAAUAUGGUAUGGUUACGUACAAGUGAAAAGUAAAUGCAGUUUUCUAACUUUUCUCUUCUUUUCUAGGAGGACUAGAAAAGGGUGUUCUUCAUUCCUGGAAGCUACCUGGGUUACUGAUGCCCCUUUAUGUGACAAUCAAUCUGUCCUUCUCUGUUCUGGUUGGUGAAAGCCAACAGGAGGGGCUGUGUGGUAGCAAAGAAAAGGUAUAGGGAUGUGGAGCCAAUUGUUCGUCUCUGUUAGAUUGCCCUCUGGUUUAUCAUUAUUUUCCAUGAGACCGUUCGAAGGAGCGGUAUGCGUCAUAAAACAUUCUUGUGGGCGUACCGAGGGAAAGGGAGGACAGAAUCGAGAAACCCACUGAGAUGUUGUUGACGUCUUCUUCUGAUGCCCGCAGCCUACUGUGUGCCUCUCCAGCGGUGAGUCUUAUACCAUAGGCAUGGCACCAAGCCGACACUACAGUGGCCACUUUUGCUAUGAGGACUAGCUGAUGAUACAAACUCGAUAGUCAUGCAGAGGAAACGUCCGUUUGCCUAGCUGGUGACCAGAUUUUGAAUAGAAGUUUUAUCUUAUACGGACUCGCGGCGUACUCGCAUCCGACCACAAUUAUAGAUGUGGAUUCUCUCGGAAAUCGACAAGUCCUCCUCUGGUGACAUUCACAGCUAUGUCUGGUAUGUUAUCCUCUGGUGGCAUUCACAGCUUUGUCUUCCGCUUGCUGGCAUUCACAGCUGCGUCUGGUAUGUUCUCUUCUGGUGGCAUUCACAGCUUUGUCUUCCGCUUGCUGGCCCUUCGCAACUGCGUCUGGUGUGUUCUCCUGUUUCUCUCUUUGUCCACACAGUUUUGCGUGCAUUUAUUUUGCCUGUGCUCGUCGCUCUGGAGCUGCCGAGCGUGGACGGAUGCGUGGCGCACUUCAUAUCCACCUUUUUGUUUCUGUUUGAGGGCAACAAGGCUCCAGGUUACUUGCUUUGAACUGACCACAGGUGCAGAGCACAGACGGAUGCGUGCAGCACUCCGUGUUCAGCUUUUGUUUCUGUUUGCCGACCCUGCGAUCACACUCCACCGAAUGAUGUGUGUGUGUGUGUGUGUGUGUGUGUGUGUGUGUGUGUGUGUGUGUGUGUGUGUGAAUCAGCUUUGUUGUGUGUACAAUUCAUCUACCAGCCACAGGUGCGGAGCAGUGUAGACAUUUGACUACCGCCUUCACCCGAUGACAUUAUACGGUCAUGCAUAUGGGGCAAUGUUGUGUCUAGAUACUGCAAUAAUGACCGUACGUUGUAUUUGGGUGAAGACGGUAGCAAGGUCAUUGGGAAUCGUGUUUCAUGGCUUAUCCUUCCCCAUUAGGAUUGACAUCCACAGUUGUAGCCUUACUGGGACACGUCAAUCCGCUGGCUCCGGUCAGCGAUCGUGCUGAAGGAAGACAUGUGUACAAACGAGUAUGGAGUUGUAUGCGUCGGUAUAGAGGGGAGAUCGUGGACCGAUAAUGGCAGGUGUCGGAGGGGCGAUCUCUGCCGUCGUAUUACAUUCCGUGAUCCGGGAAGAAUCGAGCCAUCGGCCUAUGAAAACUCUGUGUCAUGUGAACCACAUUGGGUGCGCAUGUUCGUCAUGUGACGACCGCACAUGACAAUCUCACGACUUGUAAGUUGCGAUUACUUACAAAUCUGAAGGAAUCUGGACACACUUUCUGGUGGAGGUUCUGAAGGAAUCUGGACACUUUGGAGCUGGUUUGGAGUGACACUUUGCUACUCCCAAGUGUUGUUGGUCACGCUGAUCGCAGCAAUAUACUGCAGCACAGCAGUGCGUUCCAAUAACUUAGCAAACAAGAGUAAGGUAGCUYGACUU